CCCAACACACCGCCGAUCCAAAUAUCCAAACACCUCUCCUACCGGUCCUGUUAAUGUUGUUUAGCUGUUGUUUAGUCAGAAAGUGGAGCAGUGUAAAGUUAACUUGCGCUGCUUUAGACUUAAGAGCUGCAAAUGGGGGAGGUGAGGAAGCUGCAGAAGAAGUUGAGGCAGAUUGGGAAUCUGGAAAUAAAAAUCAGUCUUACCCCAGAGGAGAGAUUAAAGAUCUCAAGGAAGGCGGAGCUGCGUUCCAGAUUGGCUGAGCUUCAGCUGCAGCUUUCUGGCCCGCAGCAAACUCUGGGGAUUGUGGGAGACGGAAAAAAGGAGAAGAUGAAAAGACAAGUGGACGAUGCCCCUGAGGCCCUUCCAUCACAAACGCCUCCAGCCUCCAAGAUCCUUAAGGGAGAAGAGAAGUCCAAAGCUCGUGCAACGCCAGCGCCGGCUGCCAGGCAGAGGGACACAGAAGGGAGAGCAGAGAUAGGCAGACAGCGGGAAAGUAUAGAAUCCGCCAAGGUGUCAGAUCACUGCCGAGACGUGUCAGGAGGCUGUCCAGCCCGCACAGACUCUGACAAGGAGCAGCAACUGCGACAAGAAGAAGCCGAAUUUACAUCCCUCAAAGCAUCUUGGGAGAAGGCGAAGUUCCGCUUAAGGCUGUUGGAGGGUCACAAUGACAUAAUCACCUGUGUGGUUGCUGUUGACAACCUGGUGGUUUCUGGAAGCCGAGAUACCACAGUGAAGGUGUGGCAUGUUCCCACGGCAACAGAGCACAAGAACCUGGGGGGUCACACUGGUGGGGUCACCUGUCUAUCUGCCCCUCCCCCUGAGUACUGCAAGAGGCUGGCCUGGUCCCUGUCUUUGUCUGACAAGGAGAGGUUUAUUUUAAGCGGCUCUGCAGACUGCUAUGUGAAGAUCUGGGCCCUGAGCAUUGGGCAGUGUGUCAAGUCUAUCUACACGUUCAACGCUGUGACUGCUCUCUGUUUUGUGCCAGAGGGAGACGGCUACAUCAUCACUGGUUCAGACGGGGGGAAAGUUCAAGCCUGGAGCUGGCACACUUUCGAAAACUGCCAGUCAAUCAAUGCUCACCAGGAAGCAGUCACCUCCAUCCAGUCUCAGGGUCCGCUGGUGUUCAGCGGCUCGGCCGAGGGAGGGGUGUCUGUGUGGGAGAACCGGUGUUCGGAUCGAGACCCCCUGAGGCUGCUGCAUCACUGGAGCAGCCAGGUGACGGGCUGCGAAGGGGGGUCCGGUGGGCGUUUGACCCUCAGCCCCCGGGGCGACCGAGUGCUCCUGGCAUACGGUCGAGCCUGGCUCAAGAUCCUGCACUGGAGGACUGGAAUAAUGUCCAGACUGACCAAUCACAGCAGCAUCACCGGGGUAACAGAUUGUGUUCACCAGACGGCAGGCCUCCUAAUUGGUUCCUGCUAUGAUCUGGCGAAUGGAGAGAGCACGCUAAAUUUGUUCUCUCUGCCUCAGUGUCGAUACCUGGCAUCUCUGACCUGGCCGGAAGCUCCCAGAAUCCUCUGCUUUGCAGCGUGGACCACGGGGAGCGGAGACCACCGGUGGGUCACUGGAGGUCAUGACCUCAUCGUAUGGGAGCAGCUCCCCAGCUCUGGGAAGCAAAGGGGUGACGUCACGGUGAAGAGAGACAGUCGAUUGGACUCCUUGCUGGAGUCAGAGGGGGACACAGAAGAUGACGAGGAGACUGAUGAUUACGAGGAUGGCGAUGACGAAGAUGAAGGAAAAGACGGCCUGCCUGACAACACGAAGGAUGAGGGGUCCGACUCGUGGCUCCGCUGUGUUCUCCAGUGAGUGCUGGUUUCUCACGGACACCGCUGGGCUAAGGAGACUGUGGCCCGCAGCCAUGAAGAAGAGGAAAUGAGAGGGAGGGAGUGCAGUGACAGCAAAGGAGGGUGGUGGAGAGUGAAGUGUGACAGAGUGAGUGUCAGUGUCAGAGGGGGAGCAUAUGGAUGGAGAAUGUGUGUGUGCGUAUGAUAGACAGAUUGUUUUCUAUGUAAAUAGUAUUUUCACAUACAAUAAAGCUGUCACACUGUGACACUCACCUCCAAAAUUUG